AUGGAAGAGGACGCAGAAGACCUUGGGUACAUAGCCUUGCCUACACGCCUCAAACGACGGAUUGAUCGCGCUUUUGACGAUGCCAUAGCCUCCUCUGAGCGAGAUUCCAGCCCGCCACGCAAAAAGCAGAAGGUCACAAUAGAAGGAGUCGUCGAUAGCUCUUCUUCGCCUGGCGGCUUCCUUCUCGAAACACCUCAACCCGGAGGCUUCCUCGUCGAAUCCGAUGACCUUCCCGGCGGAUUCGUACCUGAAAGUGACGCCGAGGAGGAUACAGAACCCACACCGAUCCCGCUCUCUCUCAUACCUACUGCCUUGCAGCUGCUCGAUCUUCAACCGGACGACGAGGACGUGCUGGCCGUGUUCAGGAACGCCGCAUCCGGAUGGGAAAAUCCAGGGAGCGCACGAACGGAGCAGGAGCAGGAGCAAGAGCAAGAGAAGUACGUCAGUCGUAAAGACUGGCGGGCGGUAUGUGCUGCGCUUCUGGACACUGGUGAAGCGGACGGCGCGGUGGACAAUCAGGUUGAGAACGAAGAUGCGGCCAGCCGCGGACUGUCCGAGGAAGGAGACUCUGGUUCGGAAGAUGAGUAUGUUGUCAGUGAUGCACAGGAGUCUAGCUCGGAGGAACAACCGGAGGACUCUGGCGACGAGUAUGUGGAAGGAGGCUUCAUGCGCACGUCUGGAAGAAAGCGCAAAGGUCGCAAGAAGGUCUCCCGAGGGACGUCGCAUGCAAUGUCUCGUGCCAGCACUGAUGAUGCCGAAGACGAAGAUCUCACUCGUCCCCGUCGUCUCACGCAACGUCAAGAGCAGGAAUGCCGCAAAGCGUUCGCGCUCUUCUUCCCUGAUAUCCCAGACGAUGAACUAGAGAAACAACGCAUCAGGAUCAAAGACAUCACGCGCGUCGCGAAAGUGAUAAAGGAGAAGAUCACAGCCGAAGAGACAGUCCAGAUGCUCGAGGCGUUCUCGACAGCGCCCGACAAGUCAGUGAGCCUGCAUGAUUUCGAGACGAUGAUGAUCACCACAAAGCUCGCCUGA